AUGGCCGAAACUUCAAAAGCUAACCGACGUUUUGGCUUGUCAAAACCUAUCGAUAAAAAUGCUUUAAAAGUGAUUUCCAAAAAAGCCUUAAUAUCUUCCAAACUCAACCAGACAGGCCCCGCCGAUAAACCCACUAAACCCCCGAUUUUUUCAGGGGUGUGCAUGGUAGAGUGUCUCUUUACAAAGCUGCACAUCAUCGAAAACGGGCAGUUCAAUCAGCGCGGCUUCGUCAUCACUUUUUCGCCGAUAGCCCGCGGAAAUCUGAAGAAACUGGCCGCCCUUAAGGAAGUGGCCGCUCUUUGCCAGGCGGAGGUCAGUGCGGUGCAGACAGGCGAGCAGUGCAGCGCCACCAGGACCGUCCUGGACUGCUUCGGCAAAAACAUGGAUAAACUAGCAAUUGCCAAAAAGCCCUGAGUGAAAUAAAGCCACUGUAUCCCUGCA